AUCCGUUCGAGUGCGCUGAUGUAUUGUCGAAGUUUUUCGAUACUCAACUGUUUUGUUAUUUUUUACUAUAUUUUUUUCAAUGCUAUUACUUGAUAGCUCCAAUGUCACCUGAAUCAAGGAUUGUCAAGUGCGUAUUCGAAAGCUUGCUGUUAUAGUUGGCGUUAAAUAAGAAAUAUCAUAAAACUAUGUGCGAUACUUUCCGUAGUAGGUUAUGAGAAAUAUGUGAACGUGCUGCAGUGCCAUGAGAAUAUUAGCUAUCAGUAUUGCUGCACCGACUGCUUGACACUUCGUGUUUCCUUUCGUUUCAUGUGAUUCGGUGUAUGUAUUCAAAGACUGUGACUAAAGGAGCCAGGAGUUUAAAAGAAGUGAAGAUGUCAUUUUCAGUUGUUUGUUUAUUUGUUUUGUGUGAAAUAUGUGAAAGUGCGGCGAUGCAAUGAAAAUAUUAGCGGACAAGAUGAUGUUUACUGGUGGUGCUCACAGUAAGAAAAGAAGUACCAGUACAACAGCUCACCAGAAACGUUAUGGGUUUACUCAGGAUAAAUAUGAAAAAGGACGAAUGAGCUACCAGGAGGUGAACUUACGUCCUGCAACACGACCCAUCCUAGUCCACAAACAGUAUCGAAAUGACGAAGUGAUACCACCGGCUCUUCCCACACUGAGUUCUCUUGAUGACGAAUCUGUCGGACGAACGCGGGGUCGAGCGAUAACCAGGCGAAGAGGAGCCAUCAAGCACCACAAGGUACACGAAGUCAAGGGUCACCGCUUCGUUGCCAAGUUCUUCCGGCAACCUACAUUUUGUGCAUUCUGCAAAGACUUCCUGUGGGGAUUUGGAAAACAGGGUUACCAAUGUCAGUCCUGCCAGACUGCGGUGCAUAAGAAAUGUCACGACAAGUUCCUUGGAAAAUGUCCUGGAUCGGGGAGAGAGUCAGAAUGUACAAUAUACUUGCGAGAGAGAUUCAAGAUAGACGUGCCUCAUCGCUUCAAGGUGCACAAUUUCAUGUCGCCCACUUUCUGCGACCACUGUGGUUCCCUUCUUUACGGUCUCUUCCGUCAGGGGCUGAAAUGCGAAGACUGCGAUGUGAAUUGUCACAAGAAAUGCGAGAAACUCAUGCCCCAUCUAUGUGGCGUCAACCAGAAACUCAUUGUCGAAGCUUUGUCAUCGCUAAGAAAAGGGCCCUCAUGCAGCAGCAGUAGCAGUACGGACUCUGCAGCAUCUAGCCCAGCCUUGAGCAAUAAUCCGGCGCUGGGGCUCGACCCAUACGACGACAGCCCACCGAGCACACUGACAUGGAGCGGCCGUGUCACUCCACCUGCAACCACAAUACCGCGCUUCAGGAAGUACACUGUGGAAGACUUCCAGUUCCUCAAAGUGCUCGGUAAAGGCAGCUUCGGAAAGGUUCUGCUGGCAGAAUUGAAAGGCACCGAGUGCUAUUAUGCCAUAAAAUGCCUCAAGAAAGAUGUGGUCUUGGAAGAUGAUGAUGUAGAGUGCACACUGAUAGAAAGAAAAGUCCUGGCACUGGGAACAAAACAUCCAUAUCUCUGUCAUCUGUUCUGCACAUUUCAGACAGAGUCCCAUUUAUUCUUUGUGAUGGAAUACCUCAAUGGUGGUGAUCUGAUGUUCCACAUACAACAAAGUGGGCGGUUCCCAGAACCAAGAGCCAGGUUCUAUGCUGCGGAGAUAGUGUCUGGGCUGAAAUUUCUUCAUAAGAAGGGUGUGGUUUACAGAGAUCUGAAACUCGACAACAUAUUGCUUGAUUUUGAUGGCCAUGUUCGUAUAGCAGAUUUUGGGAUGUGUAAACUUCAGAUCUACCUAGACAGGACAGCAGAUACCUUCUGCGGAACACCUGAUUACAUGGCCCCAGAGAUUAUAAAAGGCCUGAAGUACAAUCAGUGUGUGGACUGGUGGUCCUUUGGCAUUCUGCUCUAUGAAAUGUUGAUUGGUCAGUCUCCGUUCAGUGGCUGCGAUGAAGAUGAUCUCUUCUGGUCUAUUUGUAAUGAACAGCCACACUUCCCCAGGUUCCUGUCACGAGAAGCCAAUAGCAUACUCUCUCUGUUGCUGGAAAAAGAUUCAUCAAAACGACUGGGAACGAGUGAGUGUACGGCAGGAGAUGUGGUGGACCAGCCAUUUUUCCGGAAUAUGAACUGGAAUGCCCUGGAACGUCGUGAACUUGAGCCGCCGUUCAAACCCAGAGUGCAACAUCCAUUGGACGUUCAGUAUUUUGACAAGGCAUUCACAGCAGAACGAGCCAAACUGACACCGGUAGAAAAAGACAUUUUACAAUCAAUGGAUCAAACACAAUUCCAAGGUUUCAGCUAUACUAAUCCAAAUGCAACAGAUUGAAGUGAAAUUUAUAAUUUAAAGUGACGUGUCAUUGUUUUCUUUUUGAGCAUCACUGUUGCAGCAGGAGACGCUAAGUGACGCUGCUGCUGCUGUUAAGAUGUCUUCACAGAAACUUGUGCAUAUCUUGAAGGUACAUUGUCCUACAAGUUAUAUUUUGCUGCUCCUACGCAGCAAGAGCAUUAAAAAUAUGUUUUCUUAGUAAGAGACUUACGAAAUACUGUAAUAUAUUUCAUAUAGUUUAAAGAAGAUAAAGAAAUUUCAACUACUUCGAUACUUCAGUGGCUGUAUACAUAGAAGGCAUUUUAGAUCAGAAGCGCUGUUCCAGUUUUUAAUGUCACUUGGUACUUAGAUAUUCGGAGAGAUAGAAAGAUACCGCAGGCAACGGUUGCAUCUGGUUUGUAGGAACUUUGCCUGUAAGGUUAAUAGGGGUGGUAGUAAUUAUACCUGUGAUAUAGAGAAGAAACAGUAAUUAAUCUACUUCAUGGCAUAAUUUUCUCUUUUAUAUAGAGGACCUAGGAAAUUGACCAGUCAGGAGAUUAGAUUUUAAAUUAUUGUUCCCAGACUACAGUGUGGAUUUAACACCUCAUGUACCGGUAUUGUAAACGUAAAUGUUUCUCUUUGAUUAAAAAUUGUUGCUAUUCUGA